AUGGAUAUAGAGUACCGAGAAGAGUACAUAAGGAAUUCAAGAGGAGUUGAGCUCUUUACUUGCAGGUGGUUGCCUUUUUCUUCUCCAAAGGCCCUUGUUUUUCUCUGCCAUGGUUAUGGCAUGGAAUGCAGUGCUUCCAUGAAAGAUUGUGGGACAAGGCUAGCAUCUGCAGGAUAUGGGGUGAUAGGUAUUGAUUACGAAGGACAUGGACGGUCAAGAGGAGCCCGGUGCUAUAUUGAAAAGUUCAGCAACAUCGUAACCGAUAGCAGCAACUUCUUCAAAUCAGUGUGUGAUCAGGAAGAGUACAAAGAAAAAACAAGAUUGUUAUAUGGAGAAUCGAUGGGAGGAGCAGUUGCACUACUCAUCCAUAAAAAAGACCCGACUUACUGGAACGGUGCUGUUCUGGUCGCACCCAUGUGUAAGAUAUCACAGAAGCUGAAACCACAUCCAAUGGUGGUUAACAUGUUGACAAGAAUCGAAGAUAUUAUACCUAAAUGGAAAAUUGUCCCCACGAAAAAUGUUAUUGAUUCUUCCUUCAAAGACCCAAUUAAACGCGAAGAGGUAAGGAACAACAAACUGAUAUAUCAAGACAAACCUAGGCUUAAAACAGCUCUAGAGAUGCUCAGGACCAGCAUGAGCCUUGAAGACACCUUAAAUGAGGUAACAUUACCAUUCUUUGUGUUGCACGGAGAAGCAGACAUAGUAACAGAUCCAGAAGUGAGUAAAGCAUUGUACGUGCAAGCAGGUAGUAAAGACAAGACUUUUAAGUUAUACCCAGGAAUGUGGCAUGCUCUCACAUCUGGAGAGCCCGACCACAACAUUGAGAUUGUCUUUUCUGACAUCUUCUCUUGGCUCGACAAACGUAUUGUUGACUUCAGUACUAAUACCACCACUGCCGCUGUUGGCCCAGUUCAUCAGAACUCUAAGAAUCCUCGGACGUCUGAGCAUCCCUUGGAAAUCAUUGAAGUAGACAAGCAACAAGAAAAGACGCGAAGAUAUCUUUGUGGGUGGAAAGGAAAACGAAUGCAUUUUCAUUCAGCAAUGUAG